AUGCUGAUUGCUGAGAAUACCAGAAUAGAAAAGAUGAACAAAGGGAUUCAUCCAGUGAUCUCAUCUGCGUGGAGAAACGCAGCUGGCGCUUCUCCACGCAGAGAAGAUGAUUCCUACUGGGAGAAGGAUCCUGCUCCCGAAGAAGAUCCUGCUCCCGAAGAAGAUCCUGCUCCCGAAGAAGAUCCUGCUCCGGAAGAAGAAGCUGAUCACGAAGAAGAAGCUGAUCACGAAGAAGAUCCUGCUCCCGAAGAAGAUCCUGCUCCCGAAGAAGAAGCUGAUCCCGAAGAAGAAGCUGCUCCCGAAGAAAAUCUUGCUCCCGAAGAAGAUCCUGCUCCCGAAGAAGAUCCUGCUCCCGAAGAAGAUCCUGCUCCGGAAGAAGAAGCUGCUCCCGAAGAAGAUCCUGCUCCCGAAGAAGAAGCUGUCGGCGGAGGUAAGAUAAAGUGGAGAUCUGACGGUAGAUGUGGUAUAUACUAUCCCCUCCCUGAUAACAGUCUUGCUGAGUGUGACCCUGAUGGGGAGAACCCGUGUUGUAGUUACGAGUAUUAUGGUAGGUGUGGUAACUCGGCUGAGUACUGCUCUUGUCCUGACUGUGUAGACUACAGAGUUAUAUAUAGGGACUGGAGAGAAUCAGGAGGUAAGAGAAAGUGGAGGUAUGACGGUGGAUGUGGUAGUGAUUAUCAACUCCCUGAUAACAGUCCUGCUGAGUGUGACCCUGAUGGGGAGAACCCGUGUUGUAAUGACUGGUAUGGUGUGUGUGGUAACACGGCUGGGCACUGCUCUUGUUCUGAUUGUGUAAACUACACCUUUGUAAGGGAGUGGAGAGAAUCAGGUGGUAAGAUAAAGUGGAGGUAUGACGGUAGAUGUGGUAGUGAUUAUCAACUCCCUGAUAACAGUCUUGCUGAGUGUGACCCUGAUGGGGAGAACCCGUGUUGUGGUGGCGUUUGGGGUAAUGUGUGUGGUAACACGGCUGAUCACUGCUCUUGUUCUGAUUGUGUAAACUACACCUUUGUAAGGGAGUGGAGAGAAUCAGGUGGUAAGAUAAAGUGGAGGUAUGACGGUAGAUGUGGUAGUUGGGAUCCCCUCCCUGAUGGCAGUCCUGCUGAGUGUGACCCUGAUGGGGAGAACCCGUGUUGUAAUGGCUGGUGGUGUGGUAACACAGCUGGGCACUGCUCUUGUUCUGACUGCGUUGACUACAGAGUUAUAUAUAGGGACUGGAGAGAAUCAGGAGGUAAGAGAAAGUGGAGGUAUGACGGUAGAUGUGGUAGUAGGCAUCGCCUCCCUGAUAACAGUCCUGCUGAGUGUGACCCUGAUGGGGAGAACCCGUGUUGUGGCUAUUAUGAUGAUGUGUGUGGUAACACGGCUAAGUACUGCUCUUGUCGUCGCUGUGUAGACUACAGUGUCAUAUAUAGGGACUGGAGAGAAUCAGGAGGUAAGAGAAAGUGGAGAUAUGACGGUGGAUGUGGUAGUGAUUAUCCCCUCCCUGAUAACAGUCCUGGUGAGUGUAACCCUGACGGGGAGGACCCGUGUUGUGGUGAUAAUGGAUGGUGUGGUAACACGGCUUAUUACUGUUCUUGUCCUGACUGUGUAGACUACAGUAUAGUAAGCGAACUGAGAAAAUCAGGAGAAAAUUGUACAGUAGCAAAAGUAGGCGGGUUUCUGAAAAAUGCGUGUUUCAAUGAUAACAAGAAACGACACUAUUUCAAGUGUACCCACUCUGAUGACGUGUACUUUAGACAGAAUAGUGGGAUGCUUUGGAAGCAGCUUGAGAGUGUUUCUACAGUGUGUGAGAAAGAUCCCCACAUGUAUCAGGCAUGUGGGUUAAACACAGAAAUAACAAACACAGAUGUGCUGUGUGGAGGCUUGUUUUGCGAUAACAAUUAUACCAGAUGUGAUGAGAACUGCAGUGUAGAUAAGGAUUGUCCCGUAUCACAAAUCAAUAGCACGCCUGACCCACAAGAGUACACUGUAACUAGUCAAGCUCCUUAUUAUGAUAAAUAUAUUAGUACUGGAUUGUACCAAACAACAGAGCUGAUCUGUAAUGAUAAAUGUGACUCUAGAACCAAGUGUAUAGAUGAAAGUGAUUGUAACGGGUAUAAAUACGGAGUUAACUGCACAAUUACUCACAGAUAUAAUGGGAGGAACAAGUAUCUUCCUGUACAGAAUAUAUGUGACGGAGGCAGAUACUGUGAUAAAGGAGAGGAUGAACAGGACUGUAAUGUAACUGAAACUACCCCACACACGUGUACACAUUACGGCAUUAAAGUGUGGAAUAACAAGAUUAAAACAGUACCUAUAUUGAAAUAUACUAGGUGCUCAGUAUUUGAUAUAAAGGAGGACAUCUAUCCAUACUGUUUCAUCUAUUUAGAUCAGACUAACUGUUCUGAUAGUGAGCGAGUAGGAGGGUAUUGUGAUAUUAAUGGGUAUAACUCGAGUGUUUCUAAGUACAUGUUGUGUUAUGAAAAGGAUGAGAAGACUAGUUUACCAGUAAAGUUAUGUGACGAUAACCUUCAAAACAGCUGUAUAUCACCGUCUACUUCCACUGAUUGUAGAGUACACAAACACAGGAUGUGUGACGGAGUGUGGGAUUGUACUGAUGGAAGUGACGAACUAAAUGACAUGUGUGAAUACAUGACGAAGAGAUUUCAAUGUGUCCGUAGGUUUAACUUUGAAAUAAGUAUGCAUGUCGGAAUACCAGUUUCUUGGAUAAUGGACAAUGAGACGGAUUGUAUGGAUGGAAUGGAUGAACAGGUUGAGCUUGGGGGCUUAAGUUUCUGUGGCAAUCACGAUGACAAAACCUAUCGUUUUAAAGAAAGUGAUGAAACUUGCAAAAACGUCUAUCUGUGUCCGAAAGGUGAUAAACCAUACGUUCAAUUCGAACAACUCUGUGAUGGAGUGGAGACGUGUGGUGACGGUGCAGAGAAUGAGGUUUGUAGGAUCGCUAGAGAUUUGCCAACGAUCAAUAAGACCGCUCUUUAUCACAGAUCAAGUCGAGAUUUAUGCGAGGACACUAACUGUGAAGUGAAAGAAUUCAUACGACCCUGGAUUGAUGUAUUCGGAAUAACAAAGUCAGAGUUAAUCGUUCCGACCUCUAAGGUUAAUUGCAGCUAUUUGUUUGGUGAAUAUUACCUGUUUCUCAGUUGCAUGGAGCUAUGUCUAGAUGCCCCAUGUCUUCUAAAUAAAAACAGAACAUUGUUAUACAAUUCAUGUCCUGGACAAUAUCCUGAUCGAGUAUAUACACUUGCUAACAACUCUUUUCUAACGUUUGUUGAGAACUCAACGAAAGGCCAAUAUCACCAGGACUAUUUUCAAUGCAAUAACAGUAUAUGUGUGGAAUACAAGCAAGUGUGUGAUCUCAUAGAUGACUGUGGGGACAUGAGUGACGAGUUGAAUUGUGCAAAUCACAUGAUUUGUGAAGACACUUUGAACUCAACUAAACAUCAGUUUAUUUCCUUAUCGCAGAGAUGUGAUGGCAUAUACGAUUGCUUUGACCUUUCAGACGAAUGCAAUACCGAUUGUGAGAAAAGAAUACUUGGAAACUGGAUACUGCAGGUAUUAUGCUGGGUCAUGGGUGUACUAGCAUUGAUCUUCAACUCAUACACCGUAUUCCGUGGGUUGAUAACUCUUCAUCAUAGUAGGACUGGAAGUAUGUUAACUAAUAAGGCAAUGGUCAGUCUUAUCGGAAUAGGGGAUCUAUUUAUCGGAUUAUACUUAAUUAUGUUGUCUUUCUAUGAUAGUUUUGUACAUGGGAACGGGUUUUGCAGGAAUCAAGCCGAAUGGUACACCGGAACAGCAUGCUCCAUAUUAGGGGUCAUCAGCACAGUUGGAUCACAAGUGUCCCUUUUCGCAAUGACAGCUUUAAGUAUCAUCAGAAUGUAUAAGCUCACUUUUAAGAAAAUGAGUAUUCCAGGCCCUGCAAACAGAAGUACUACUAUCAAACUCGCUUCCCUAGUCACCGGAAUUAUCGCUGCUUCAAUAGCUAUAGCUGUUACACCAUUGAUACCUUCAUUAGAGGAAUAUUUUGUACAAGGAAUGUACUAUGAUCCCAUCUACAAAGUGUUCAUAGGCUUCCCCAACAAAGAGAAACAUGUCAAUGUUCUUCAAGCUCAUUAUAAUACCACUAACAUAACUACGGAUUUAACCUGGAAACAAAUCGGUGAUAAGGUGGACGGUAUGUUCACUCAGGAACAUGGACUUUUGAGUAGACGUCCAGUUCAUUUUUAUGGUAACGACGGUGUCUGCUUAUUCAAGUACUUUGUUCGGAGUGACGAUGCAAGAAGAAUCAGACAAUCGAUAGAAAGUAGAGCAGACUUAACUGAUCAUAAAGGAGAUCCAGUAGUUUGGCUUAUGCUUGGUGUCAACUUAGUUUGCUUCAUCAUCAUCACUUUUUGCUACAUAGUUAUCAAUAUCCAGACAAGGAUUUCUUCACGGAGAUCAGGACAGCAUCAUACCCCAGAAAGAGUGAGGGACAAUAGGGCUCUACAGAAUAAAAUUACUCUCAUUGUUGCGACUGAUUUCCUUUGCUGGGUACCAUUUAUUGUUAUAAGCGGUUUGCAUAAUCUUGGCGUUUUUGAUGCAACUAAAUGGUAUGUUACGUAUGCGAUGAUAGUUCUUCCUCUUAAUUCUGUUAUCAACCCGCUGAUAUACGAAAAAACUUUAACAGAGUUCCUAGGCAGAAAGUUGGGAGAUGUAAAGAGACUUAUCAGGCUAAGUAUCUCCGCAGUCGUAUAUUCUAUUACAAGAUUCAUUUCGACGAUGACUGAAGACAUACAGAGCGGGAACAAUGAUCUGGAUGUCAUACAGAUGGAACAUAUAAGAGUACAAGAGGAUCAGGAACUUUCAGAUCAAGUAUUAGCUGAGACAGAAAAUCUGUAAGGUGUUUAUUGUAUGAUACUUGCUACUUAUAUUUUACAGUUCUGACUUCA